CGCCCAUCCGCCCAACCCUCUUCGUUUUAAACCUAAAAGCUCUAGGACCUUGUGCCUCUAAGUCAACAAACGCCGAGGUGCGUUUGUUCCGGGAGCCCUCCAGUUUCACUGAUGUAGGAGCUGUGAAUAGUGUGGAGAGCCGGAACGACUCCUUCGCGGAACCACUGAGGCGAGGCCUCUCGGAGCCUUUUCCAGGACGGACCGCGACGAGCCCAGCCGGACUUGUAGGCAUGGCGGCGGAGGCGGUGGACCCGGAGCCGAUGGCCGCCAUCCCUGUGGACCUGCGGCGGGAGCGGCGCCUGGUGUGCGUGGAGUACCCGGGCGUGGUGCGGAACGAGGCCAAGAUGCUGCAGACCCUGGGCGGCGAGGAAGGCGUCUCACGAAUCUAUACCGACCCCACCAAGAGACUGGAGCUCUACUUCCGACCCAAAGACCCAUACUGCCACCCUGUGUGUGCUAACCGCUUCAGCACCAGCAGCUUGCUGCUGCGGAUCAAGAAAAAGACCAGGCGGCGGAAGGGGGUUCUGGGGGCUGAGACCCACCCCGAGGUCACAUUCGACUUGGAAGUCCUUGGCAUCAUCUCCACCAUUUACAAGUUUCAGGGAAUGUCUGACUUCCAGUACUUGGCAGUGCACACAGAAGCGGGCGGCAGGCACAUGUCGAUGUAUGACAAAGUACUCAUGCUCAAGCCCGAGAAGGAGGCCUUCUUCCACCAGGAGCUGCCUCUCUACAUCCCCCCGCCCAUCUUCUCCCGGCUGGACACCCCAGUGGACUACUUCUAUCGCCCAGAGACCCAGCACCGGGAAGGAUAUCACAAUCCCUCCAUCUCUGGUGAGAACCUGAUUGGACUGAGUAGGGCCCGGCGCCCCCACAAUGCCAUCUUCGUCAACUUCGAGGAUCCAGAGGUGCCUGUACAGCCUUUGGAGGCCGCAGUGCAGACAUGGAAGAAGGCCUGUACCAACCCCAUAGAUCAGACGGUGGAGGAAGAGCUGAGGAAGCUCUUUGACGUCCGUCCCAUCUGGUCACGAAAUGCUGUCAAGGCCAACAUCAGCAUCCACCCUGACAAGCUCAAGAUUUUGCUUCCUUUUAUGGCCUACUACAUGAUAACAGGCCCAUGGAGAAGCCUAUGGAUUCGAUUUGGCUAUGACCCUCGAAAACACCCAGAUGCCAAGAUUUAUCAAGUCCUUGAUUUCCGAAUCCGUUGUGGAAUGAAAUACGGUUACGGCUCCAGGGAUAUGCCUGUCAAAGCAAAGCGCAGUACCUACAACUACAGCCUCCCCAUCACCGUCAAGAAGACAUCCAACCAGCCUGUCACCAUGCACGACCUGAAGCAGGGCCUGGGCCCCUCAGGGACGGACGGCCCCCGGAAAUUGACCUACAACAAGUACAGGCUCAAGGACUCUGUCUACAUCUUCCGGGAGGGUGCCCUGCCCCCCUAUCGACAGAUGUUUUACCAGCUGUGUGAUUUGAAUGUGGAAGAGUUGCAGAAAAUUGUUCACCGCAAUGAUGGAACCGAGAGUGUAUGCACAGAGCGGGAUGGGUGGUGCCCCCCCAAGACCACAGACCACCUGAGGGACAGCAUGUCCCUCAUGAUCCUGCAGACCAUCCGCUCCAAGAGGCCUGCGCUAUUCUCCGACACAGGUAAGGCUGAUCGUGCAAAAGGGCAGCUGAUGUUUGAGUCUGGGGAGGAAGAGGAAGAGGAAGAGGAAGAAGAGGAGGAUUUCAAGCCCUCAGAUGGAAGUGAAAAUGAGAUGGAGACAGAGAUUCUGGACUACGUGUAACCAAGCCCUGGGUACGCAGGGACAUGCUAGUGUACCGUAGUGGGGCAGUUGGGACAGGCCCCAUCCAGGGGUUGAGAUGAGGACGCCAGAUGGCCCCAGACCAGCCUCAUCCUGACUUCGCAGAAAGCAUACUCUUCAGCAGUUCUCUAGAAGACUUGUUGGCUCAGCUGCUUCCUGUAUGUAUGCAACCAGAGACUGUCAACUCCUGCCAAGACUGCCUCCCUAAGGGUCCCCUGUGUACAGCCUCCCACACCCCCCAGGGUGGCAGCACCAUUUCCUGCAGGGUGCAGAGCCAGCACGGGCCAUCAGCCUACUUCUGUGUGGCCUGGGUCACAACAGCCUGGCACACAAAGUCAAGUCACAUCAAUUCCAAAGCAAACGCCCCAAGUUGGCCCUGUCUUGUGUCAGAACCCCUUGUUUCAUUGGUCUAGUGACCACUCCUGGGAACCAGCCCUGCAUGGGGAGGAAUGGGACAGACCCCAGUGUUCCCUGCUGCAAUGGAGGCAGAGGCAAGAAGCACUUCUCUAAGGCCAUCCAGCCUUACCUGCUCUCCCUUUCUGUGCCCCUCUGCGGGACUUCUGGGAGCAGCUGGUGUCUGCCAGGGAGGGGGUGGGGGAUGCCUUGAUUCUAUGCAGAUCUGAGGAAGGUGCUGAGCCAGGGACCCCAUGCUCUCUGUCCCCAUGCCAUCUGUAAGUAGGCCUUACCUCCACAGAGCCCAGGGCCGUGCCAGCCACCUUAGGUCUGCCAGACUAAGGUCUACCCAAAAUUGAAAAAGUAUGGUGAUUCCCUCCUGGAAAUUCCCUUUUAAAUAAAAGUCUUUCUUAUGAGAA